AUGAUUUCCCGACACAAGGUCAGUGUACUACCCGUUACCAACCAAGUAAUCCAGCGUGUUGAAGCUUGGGCUGCUGCCAAAGGUGUUACUUCCAUGAAGUUCUUCAAUAAGAAGAGAGAUUUGGAGACAUUUCAAGAUGGCAAUCAAAUUGCAGGAGUGGAUGACACGGAACAAGAUGCAGACAAUGAUGUCGAUGAUAUGCCAGAACUCACUGUCAGAUUCCAAGGAGAUGAUGACUAUGAAUCAGACGACGAUUUGGGUGAUGAAGGCGAUGAAGAGGAAGAACCUAUUGCGGCCGAUUUGGAUCACCAUCAAGAAAAUGUUGAUAGAGGAACCGAUGAUAUUGGGAGCCUUGUUACUGAUCUGGAGGACCUACAAGAACCGCCAGAAGAAGAGAUUGUAUUUGAGCCUGAAGAUCCUCAAGUAGCAAAAGUCACUUGA